ACAGCAACGAUGCCAGAAGUCGGCCAUUUUCUUGUGCUAGUUGAGAGACAUUAUGGGCUAGUACUGUUCUUCGGCAGCACUUUAAUUGCGAUUCCUUUUUCUUUUACCGUCUUGAAAAGCGAGUCGCAAUUAAGAAAGGACUUCGCGCGAGAGGUGAUGCCUUUCAGCUAUCGCUGAUGCAUGUCUCCUUAAUAUCAUGCGGCUCCCUGGUUGGUUCUUCCUUUCCUCCUUGAAAAAGAAGCCCCCUCCAAGGAUACUAUCGCUCUCAAAUAGGAAGAGGCGAACGACAAGAGGAGCUUCGUCCAUCUCUGGCACACCCUGCUUCUCUUAUCUCUCGAAGUGAAUUCCUAAAAUGAAGAGGACAGGACCACUUCGAGAAGAUGAAAGGGGGUUCGAAGUAGAUGUAGUGCGGGGUUUUUGCAAGCCUCUAAGAAUUCCACUAGCCAAGCCACCACCACCGCAGACUGUAACGAUGCCUGCCAGGUUCUUGCCCUUUUCAGGCAGGUCGUUUGGCAUUAGAAGUAUGAUAGAUACUUGGAUCAAGAUGGACGUAAGUGAGUACUUGUUCUACCCCCAUUUCUAUUAUGGCACGUACUAGUACAAAGAAUUCAAAUAAGUACUUACUAGAACUAGUUCCGCCGACGACCUCAGUACGAAAAACUUACCUCCUUCUCUAGUACGUUAGAGGUAUCGGGUUAAUGGCAUCCCAGAAAUCAUCUGGGUCCCUUUUUCCCCUUGUCCUUGUGUUUUUGUUCCAGAUGACUUUUGAGAUGAAUUCCCUACACCUCAAAGGCCAGGAUAGUAUGUUUCUUCAUCUUGUUGAUGUUGUGGCCGUCUUUCCCUUCUCUUCCAAAGACCUAAGCCUCUGUCAUUUAAAAGAAUCUCAUCAACGACCGCAGAUUGGCCUUCGUGCAGCUCCUCGCCUUGGAAGGGGUGAACGUACGCCCAAUUAGGAUCCCGCGACAACUUCAGAGCCUCUUCGUUCGCUUCAUUCCACACCGAUUCCAGAACCUGUGCCCUUAGGAAUUGACCUAAAUUGAUCAUGGCGAACAUCACAAAUUUUUUUCUAGCAAUUAGUACGACACCACUUCUAUAUCCACAUCUGGAGCGUAGGCACAUGCUAGACCCGCGUUGUGGAUCUUCGUGCACUUCUUAAGAUGCUUCUUCAGGUGAAUAUGAGUAAGCCGUAAAUACUGCGGCACUGUAGCGGUCCUGCCUUGCGGACAGUGAAGCCUACACCUCUCAAUUUGAAAGAGCCACUCGCCUGCAUCGCGUCCAUCUUGUUGUACCAGAUCUGCGCCUUCGUCGAAGAUAAUUUCUUAGCGUUUUACCUUCUACUACGACUUAAUUACCUUUUCCUUUGCAUCUUCCUUUGCAUUAAUUACUUAUUACAUAAUCACAACAACUGCUACUGCAGCUACAAAAGAAAACACAUCAGCUGGUACAACUGGUUGCAUUCCAUCCACUACAUCAUAGAUACUUUAACUUUUGUUCAGUUGUAUGAUUAUAGCUACUUUUGUUCAGUCUAAAACUUAAAAUUUGUUCCGUAAGUGAAGCUGUAGCGUAUCUGCGCUGCAGGAAGGUUGAGCAGCUGCCC